AUGGUGGCCACUGACGCCACACCUUCGUCAGGAGGAGCGGUUGCUGCGGAAGUUCCCACACCGUUGGCGGCCGAGCUGUGGCGGCAGGCAGAGAUCACAGGCGAAGCCGUUCGGAUUGACCGAGGUGUGGAUGCAGAUUGGGAUGCGCUCGAGCCCAAGCAGCCUUCGGUGUUUGCAAGCUCGGUGGCCGAAUGUUUACCAUGGCGAGUGACGAGUUCAUAUAGCUUUAAGCAGACUUCCCAUGUGAAUCUUCAGGAACUUCGAGCUCUGCGUCGUGAAGUCAUUCGUUUGGCUGCCCAUGGCAAACUUCGAGGCACCAUCCUGAUUGCACUGAAUGACUCCCGGGUUGUGGUAGGUGCGGUUGCUAAGGGAAGGUCGUCGAGCUUCAAGUUGAAUGGCCUCCUGCGUGGCAUGCUCCCGCAUUUGGUCUUGGGCCAAAUUUCCUUGGCUGUGCUUUGGAUUGAGACGGCUGCUAACCCAGCGGACCACCCUUCCCGUUUCAGGUCACUUCCUCCUCCACGACGACCACGAGACUGGCUUCGACGGUUUGGGGUUUGUGUGAGCAAGGACUUUAAGGGCCUGGAGGUGUUUGCGGGAGUGGCGGGCAUCUCCAGAGCACAUGUUGUGGCGGGCUUGGACAUGGGGCCUCCGGUUGAUGUGCUCUACGGUUCGGAUGCCAGGGCUGCUUGGAUCGAUGAUUGGAUCCGUCGGGGCCUCGUUCAAUGGUUGUGGUUUGUGGACCCCUGCGAGGAAGGGGAUGCAUCGAACCCGGAGGUCGCUCUAGGCAAUGAACUUUGGGAGAGGGCAUUGUCCUUGGCUUGGCAGGUCAUGGAUGCCGGCGGCUUCUUCAUACUUGAACAUCCCAGAGGGAGCAAGGCCUGGCAGCUUGAGUCCACACAUCGGUUGUUGUCCCAUGAUGCCGUGCACUUGCUGCGGAUUGACUCCUGUGCCUUUGAAGAUGCAUUGGGGCUGCGCAGUGCUAAUCUGACCCCUUCCUACCGCCAGCGCUUGCGGGUGGCUUCUGUCUGGCUCUUUGACUUGGCCUGCAGCUUGGGAGCUAGACUGACGCGAAAGACGCCGGCGCCCGUGAUUGACCGAGUCCUGGAACGCUGCAUCGAUGUGGCCUACCAGAAUG